UUAGUGUUAGUAGUUCAGGACCCAAACACAGAUGUGCCCCAUCCAUCCUAGAAAACCCUGUUAUGAGUUCCAGAAAUGGCGAACAAUUUGGCCAAGUUGUACUUGGCCUAAACUCCAAAUCUUUCCUACCUUCCUACAACACCAUCACUUUGGGAUUGUUUUAGUAGUUGUGCUCUACCUGUCCGAACUCUGAGGGUCAGAUUCUGAUGCCUGAGAAACCUGGAGGGGGGAGGCAAGGACCAUUCAAGUACCCUACGGACUUUAAAAGCUGGCUUCCAGAAUUAAGAUUUUUUAAAAAGAAAGACCCAAAAUGAACACCCGGCAUGGGAACCAGUCAGCACUGGUCAAGUCCCCACCCGGACUCUUUUUUUCUGUUCCCAGGAAGUGGAGGGGACUGCCAAGCCCCAUCUACCGGAAGUGCCUUUUCGUGAGUACCUGGAUGUUCUUGCUGCUCUGCGUUCCAAUUCCCGAUUCGACACUGCAACAUGCUUCUGAUUCAGCUCCUCCGCUUAGCUGUAAAAAUGCGUUAAUCACAACUGCCUGGUAUCUUCCUGAGCAAGACUUUACGGUGGGACCCAGUAUGCUUCAUUUUAUCCAGAAGUUUUCUCAAGCAUCUUCAAAGAUGUUUAAGUACCCUUUUCCAGUCCGACUAGGAGCCAGCAGAAUAGAAACAUUUUCUCUCAAGACAUGUCACCAACAGAACUUUACCCCUUUGUUUCCAAGGCCUUGGUUUUUCUCUUCAUUUCCAGUGUAUAUGAGGAAGACACAAUACUAUCAUACUUCCCCAUGCAGCUUUAAGAAGCAGAAGCAAGAAGUACUUCCAGCCAAGCCAUCAAGCACCAUCACUUACCUAUUUGACAGCCCAAAGCCAGCAUUAUACAUAACUCUGGGCGGACUAAUCCCCUUUAUUACUCCACCACUGGUCAUGGUGAUGACAAAGACUUAUAUUCCUGUGUUAGCUUUUACUCAGAUGGCUUAUGGAGCCAGUUUCCUAGCUUUCUUGGGAGGGAUCAGAUGGGGUUUUGCUCUACCAGAAGGUAGUACAGCGAAACCAGACUUCCUCAAUUUAGCUAAUAGUACAGCUCCUCUUGUGUUUUCAUGGUUUGCUUUUCUUAUUUCUGAAAGACUCAGUGAAGCUAUAGUCACAGUAAUGAUAGGUUUGGGGAUAGCAUUACACAUUGAACUUUUUCUUUUGCCACAUUAUCCCAAUUGGUUCAAAGCCCUUAAGAUAGUAGUCACUUUAGUUGCCUUGUUUUCAUUUAUAAUCACUUUACUAGUUGAAGAUAUUUAUCCAGAGAAAGGACCCAAGAGACCUGGUCAAGUAGAAUAAAUACAAAACUACUUUGUAGAUGACGUUAGCAUGUUGGCUAUAAGCCUUAGAAGGCUGUAUUUUGGCAUCAUCUUUUUCUACUUAUCCUGUUUAACAACCUUUUCCUCUAUCGGUGGUUAUUUAUUCUUCCAGAUUUUUUUCGUUUCUAAAAUCUUCAUUUCAUAGAAAUUACUUGACAACAGUUUGAAAAUCCCUAACAAGUCAUUUUCACUUUAGAUUACAGUUUUUAGUCUUUAUGAAUUAUACAUUUUAAUGUUUUGUUUUGAAUGUAAAAUAAUAAAAAUGGAAAUCCCUUUCUUAGAGCCUUAUGAUCAUUGAAAAAAGAGGCACAUUGUCCCACAAGAGGAAAACUUUGUAUCCAUUAGUGUCUGAGAAUAAUAGGUGGUUCCAGUGUGGAGUUUUCAUUGCAGUUGCCCUGGGAAUUGCAUUUCCAACCCCAUUUCAUUGGUAUAAUCUAUUUAUAUGAGCUGAAAAGGAUCUGUGGCUGCUCUAAAGUCAGUAGGGAGCAGUGUCAUGAGGGGAAGCCAUGUUUAAAGGAAAGCUGAACAUACUUUCCACUUUUUAUAGACACAACUCCAUAUCCAAAUAAUACCAGCUAGUCAAAAAAUUUUAUUUAAAAGAAUAAAGUUACUAGUAUAUAUAAAUUAGGAAAAGUCAAGUUGGAGCCAUCUUGAUGUUCUUACAGCGGGGCUAUCUAGUUUUACAAAUUAACUCAUAGAGAAGCUUUUUUAAACAAGCAAAAGCAACACCUUAGAAUCUAACUUGAAAAUUUGGUCUCUUAAAUAAAUAAAUAAAAAUUUUUAAAAAAUUAAAGGGGCGCCUGGGUGGCUCAGUGGUUUAAGGC